GUGUGGAUCUCCACGGCAGCUCGUGGAGACGUUGGCUGCCUCAUUGGCACAUGUCCUGGAGGGGUGGAGCGAAGCGGAGCCGCCUCUCGUUUGGAGCUCUUGUUUUCGUCAGCCUCCCAACAGAGCAGCUGUAGCGACCGUCGGGAGAGGACUGAACGGUAAAGCCAGUGAAUGAAUCAAUGGCCUUUCGGAGGACAUAUAUUUUCCCGGUUCUACAACAGUAGCAGGCUCUGAAUCCAGGAAGGUGGAUCAAUUUGUGCGCAAUUUCCAGGGAGAGCGUUUGAUUCUGAAGAGGGUCGAACCACUGCCUUUUUUCAGGCUGCUAAAGGUUUGUGGUUGUCGUCGUCCUUUGAAGCGCUGACAUCGUCCACACUGCUCAAGGAGUGUUUUAACUGUGGAGCCUCUCUGUCGCCAAAUGGUUGUGAGUGCGUGAGGAGAAUGCUGAUGAACUGCACCCUGCGUCCUGCCGAGGCGCACCGCGUCUCCUGCUGCAGCUGAGGGCCCCAACAGGCCCCCAGCAAAGCCGAUCAGUUGUCCAGAGAAGCACCUGGGCCUGCGCACCACUUCACUCUUGACCUGAGCAAUUUUACGCCCUCAACCAAGUAAAAAGUGAGUGGGAUCUAAGCACCAGAGCUGAUUUAUUUCACCCUCCAGUAGCUGUGGAAAAACGUUAAAAUGGGUAAUAGCUUCUCGAACAUCUCUGCCUUCCAGUCUCUUCACAUUGUCAUGCUGGGGUUGGACUCUGCUGGGAAGACCACAGUUCUUUACAGACUCAAAUUUAAUGAAUUUGUAAACACAGUUCCUACAAUUGGGUUUAACACUGAAAAGAUCAAACUGAGUAAUGGCACAGCGAAGGGCAUUAGUUGUCAUUUCUGGGAUGUGGGAGGACAGGAGAAGCUGAGGCCUCUGUGGAAGUCCUACAGCCGCUGCACUGAUGGAAUCAUUUAUGUUGUGGACUCUGUGGAUGUUGACAGGCUGGAGGAGGCCAAGACUGAACUGCACAAAGUCACCAAGUUCGCAGAGAACCAGGGCACACCACUACUGGUCAUUGCCAACAAGCAGGACCUUCCCAAAUCUCUUCCAGUAGCAGAUAUUGAGAAGCAGCUGGCUCUGCAUGAGCUCAUCCCCUCCACUACCUACCACAUCCAACCUGCAUGUGCUAUAAUAGGAGAGGGGCUUCAUGAGGGUAUGGACAAACUGUAUGAAAUGAUACUGAAGAGGAAGAAAUCCCUCAAACAGAAGAAGAAGCGGUAACAGCUGCUCAUGUGUUUUACUUAGAUUUAAUGUGAGGAGUCUAAACAGGUUUUCUUUGCAGUGAUUUGGGAUUUUCUGGAUGAAAUACUGUGAAGCUAUGAAUGACGCUUUUGCACACAUGAAGCUGCCGCUGCCUAGAGCUGAUUUACUUCAACAUCCAACAUGAAACUGCAGCAAUGGCAGCUUCAUGUUCACCAAAAAGACAAAUUCAUAAAAGAAAAUACAGCAUGGAGGGAGAGAAACAGGCUGGCCUGUUUGUCAUUGACACAGUUUACUUGAUGAAGUGCUGUCAACCAUUUUUAUUUCUAUCCACAGGAGGUCUGCUGUGGAAAUACAACUUUGAUUUUACACAUGGCUCAGGUCACUUGUGCCCUGUGCUCUUUUGUUUUUGUUGAAUAGAUAUCUGUAGUAUCUUUCUUUGAUUAUGGAUAUCAUGCAGACUGUUUUUGGAGCGUUGAAGUAGCCUUUCCUCUGCAUGGUGGACUGAGGACAGAGUGUCCACUACUUUGCACUUUUCAUUUUCUAACAAACGGUAAAGAACUGCACUGUAUUAAUAAGUGAGCAGAUCCAGGUGGUUUAUGUAAGAAGCCAAACUUUUUUUUUUUAUAUUAAAAGAUUUAUUCAAUGA